GUUCCUUCAACGUGCAAAAGCUGUAUCAUUUUUCACACUACCGCUGUCCAGUGUACAACAACAGAGCAGGCACUGGGAAAGAACGACGUUUCAACGACUGUUUAUUAUUUUCGGAAGGUUUUUGAUAAGGUCAAAAUCAUGAGUAAUUCAUCCAAAGGACGGCAGUUUUCUGCGGAACCGGAUUCUAUUCGUUCAUAUCGGAGUAGCGAUAUACGGGAUGCCAGUACGGUGACAGUGAAAUCGAUGGACGGAACGCAGCAAACGGAAGCCGAGGCUGUAACUCUGACCGUGGAUGGCUUCGGCACAGUGAAGGAUCCGCUGACUGGAGAAGUCCAACCAGUGAAACGGUUUACGUGGUCGAACACAGCAGGAAUGUCUGUGCAAGUUAUAUCUUACGGAGCUAUUAUUACCUCGAUCAAGGUUCCAGGGAAAGAUGGUUCAGUAGAAGAUGUGGUUCUCGGUUUUGACAAUAUUCCUGGUUAUCAAAAAGGGAAUAAUCCCUAUUUUGGAGCAACGAUUGGUCGAGUGGCGAAUCGCAUUGGUGGAGGUACGUUUACGAUUGAUGGCGUUGAGUAUUAUGUUACCAAAAACUGGGAGAAUCGACAUCAGUUGCAUGGUGGUCUGAUCGGUUUCGAUAAGUUCAACUGGAUUCCGCACGUCGAUGGAACCGUAGUAACGUUGUCCCACACCAAUAUGGAUGGUCACGAGGGAUACCCUGGAACGGUUUUGGCUACGGUGACGUACGAGCUGAAGAAGGACAAUCGGUUCGUGUUCACAUUCAAGGCUACAUCCAGCAAGCCAACACCGAUUAAUUUAACUAAUCAUUCCUACUUCAAUCUGGCGGGGCAUAGCACUGGCCACGAGGAAGUGUAUCGGCAUAUUGUGUCGGUAAAUGCAGACCGGAUCACCGAAACCGACGAAGAUUCGAUUCCUACAGGUAAACUGAUUUGUGUGGGUGGCACGCCGUACGAUCUACGAAUUCCCAGAGAGCUGGGUCCUGCUAUGUCUCGUGCUCCAGGUGAAGGUUUCGACAAUAACUUCUGUAUAACGAAGGGAACCGAACAGCGUUUAACUUUCACGGCGCGAGUCGUUCAUCCGCACUCCGGUAGAGUACUGGAAGUGUAUACGGAUCAACCGGGGGUUCAGCUGUACACCAGCAAUUUUAUGCCUGAUCCCAAUAAGAACAUUCGCCCGAAACCGGUUAACUCGCCGGACUUUUACGAAGCGACUCAUCUGGAACCGGUGGUCGGUCCGAUGGUUAGUGAUCCACCUAUCAGCGGCAAAGGAGGGGCUCGUUAUUUCAAGCAUGGGGCUUUCUGUCUAGAAACGCAGAAUUACCCAGAUGCAGUCAAUCACGAGAACUUUCCGAAUUCUGUGCUUGUCCCUGGAGAGACCUACGUACAUGAAGUGGUGUAUAAGUUUAGUAUUUACGAAGAGAACUAACACUAACUGGUGUGUGAAAAUAAAUUUUUUGAACGACUUUUAGUUUAUAUUUCAUGAGUUUCACUUAUUUUAGUUUAAGGGACGAUAAAACUAAUGCAGAGUUUUGUUUGAAAC